AUGCCACAGUCGAACCUCUGCGCCAAAUGCACCGGCAUCUUCGAGGGACACUAUGUGCCGUCGGAUGUUCUGGCCCAGCAUGGUCUGAUCGAUACUCAGGCCGCACAGUUUAUAUCCCAGAACCUCGAUAAAUGGGGGGACGGCAUAUGCAAAGCCAGGCUAGACAAGGCUUCAGAAAAAGAAGCCCCGGUGCCAUAUCUUCACCAUAAUCUGCAAGACCUGGCAGAAUCGGCAGAUACAUGCGUAUUCUGUGCCAUGAUCUGGGAAAGGUUGACUAUUGAGGGGUUUUUCUAUCAUCCCACAAUUCUGGAUGAGAUGAAGAAGAAGGAUCUGGUUGGCCUUCCAGUCAUCCAGUCAAAAGUGGCUUUCGCCGGUAAAUUCUCUUUUACCAUCAUUUUUGUCUCUUGGUCAGGACAAAACUGGGAAGGUGUAACUUUUCAUAGAUUUAGUGUAUUUCACGCGAUUGACGUUGGGGACAAAGACAACAGGGCGAUAUGGAAAUCCGUGUUCGACCGGCGACAGUCACUUUUGCGAAUACGUCGCUGGCUAGAAUCAUCAACCACAACUUCAAACAUCCGCCCUCAGCUGCCUACGCGGCUUCUCCAUUGCAAGCCAUCGUCAAGUCCUGGAGGCGACCCUGCAGUUAAGCUAGUGGAUGCCAUCAAUCUUGAUCCCUCGACUCGCUAUUCCGCUCUCACUCAUCGCUGGGGCGCCGUGCAGCCUCUUAAGUUGUUGAAAGCUCGGGAAGUGGCAUUCCAUAACGGCAUCCCCUUCUCGUCUAUCCCAGCUACGUUUCAAGACACCAUCAAGUUGGCAAACGACAUUGGAAUUGAGUAUGUGUGGAUUGAUUCCCUCUGCAUUAUACAGGAUUCCAAAGAUGAUUGGCAAAGUGAAGCUGCGCGCAUGUCGUCUGUGUAUUCUCAGUCACAUGUUACCAUCGCUGCUACUGCUGCGCAGGAUUCGACUGCAGGACUCAAAAACCAGACUUCCAUGGUCAGACACCCCUGUGAGAUCACUCCAUCGUGGACAGGCUUUGAGGACGAAAUCCCAUCAGGACCUGUACGAAUUAUAAUCCAAUCUGGGUUUUGUGACGAAGUUCUUUCGAAGCCCCUAUUCCGUCGAGGUUGGACAUUCCAGGAAUGGAUUCUGUCACCUAGAACAAUCCACGUGGCCCGAGAUCAACUUUGGUGGACAUCAGCCACAAACAUGAAGUCACAAGGCCAUGCUGCAAACGAGACUUGCGAAGCAUAUGAAUUUGAUGUCGAUCGAGGCCAUGUCCACACAAUGGCGCCUGGGGAUCUAUACUCACUUGCUAACGAGUCCACGGGGACGUUUUCUCGAGUAUGGCAUGGCUUAUUGCAGGAAUACACGUCACGAGAUCUCACCUUUGAAUCUGAUCGUCUGGUAGCCUUUGCUGGCAUCGCAUCUUUGUAUCAAAGCUUUGUAAAGCUCCCUCCUGGCUCAUACCUGGCGGGAUUAUGGCGUCAGGUCCUCCUACAGGAUCUACUAUGGUAUGUUCUUGAUGGGAGAAAGGUCUUACCACCGCAACUUUACCGUGGCCCUUCUUGGUCCUGGGCUUCAGUUGAACCAACACCGAACCAGAAUGGGAAGUUUUCAGUUAGCAUGAAAGACAUAAGUGAUGACCUGCUGCCGCAUGAAGAGCCAUGGGCUGCUGUGGCUACUGUUCGGGAGGCAUUCGUCGAGGCCGUAGGUUCUGAAUUUGGCCCCGUGUCUGGAGGCCACUUGGUAUUUCAUGGGCCAUUGAUCAAAGCUCGCCAUGGUCUGGUGGUGAUAGACCUCUCGGGGCGCCUCACUGCAGAACAAGCUGCUGAGUUUGUACCAGGUGGCAGGUUGCGAUACACACGAAAUUACAUAUCAAUGCCAAACUGGACGGACGUCGCGGAAAAAGCACGGACUGAGGGUAAAAUAGCAACGGUUCAUUUAGACGCUGUUCCUACGUCGUUGGUGUCUGAUGAGGAAAUCGACAUCUACUUGGCCGUCACUCAUUGUCGGGUUGACCUCGCUGGAGAUCCAACUGCUCAUGUGUUGGCUCUUGUUAGGGGACAGGAAAAGGGAGAGUAUCGCAGAAUUGGCUACACUCAGGUGUUUGAGGAUAUCAUGGACCCGUGGAAGGAGACCAAGGACUUUGGUGUUUUCGACGCUCUUACAGACGAGAACGAGUAUCUUAGUGUUGGAGAUCGGCCCGGUUAUUACAACUACCGCAUCGUCUAA